AUGAUACCUCCAUGUCCUAAAUGUGGAAAAAAUGAUUUCAAAAAGACUCGAGAUCGAGAUGCAUACUUAAAUCGUAAAUUUCUAUGCAAACCUAGUAAUACCCAAAAUCCUAUUGUAGCUCCAAUACCAUUACAACAAAAUUCAGCUACAGAUCAAAUUCCAACUCAAACCUAUGUUCCAGUAGGUGAUUUAAUCCAAUUGGAUGACACACCUUCUUCACCUAUUCAAAGCUCAGAUAAUGUUUCUUCAAAUCUUCCCCAAAAUGAUACAGAAUGGUUUGAUAAUAUGGAAGAUAAAUAUAAUGCAAAUACUGAUGAAAAAUGGCUUGAAUUAGAUGGAUCAUUGCUCUAUGACUAUCCAAAAAGAAAUAUCAUAAAGAUAGAAGGUAAUUUUGGUGGUAAACCAGUAAGAAAAAACUAUAGACUAACAAAUAAAGAGUUAAUAUUUGAAGAAUGCGAAUUUAGUUUUGCUCCUGAUCUAUUAAGACCCCAUCAGAACUUAACAGCAAUGAGUUUAUGGCAAGCAAUUAUUCUAUCUCCCGAAAAUAUAAAAUAUAGAUUUAAUUGUUAUGUUAAGAAUCCAAAUAAAUAUUUAGAAGUUCCAUAUAUGCCUCAACUUAUAGCAAAUGCAAGAGAGCAAAUUACAAGAGUACUUAAAGUUGAAUUGCGGAAAAAAGAUCAAAUAAAAACCACAUUAGUUGUUUAA